UCAAAUCUUUCCGUCAAUUGUCAAAUAUUAAAAUAAAAACCACGCACCUUCACCAUUGCACUGUGAUUUGUGCUCCCCAUUGAAAGCACCAAAUAAAAAAAAAAAAAGAAGAAACCAAUCCCCUCUUCCAUCGCCGGCCAACCAACGGCGGCGCUCCGCCGUCAGUAUAUAGUCUUUCAACAUCAAUUCACAAUUACAUCAUCCGUCUGUUGGGACGGUGUCGUCGGAUCGUUUAAACCCUUGCUUCCGUCCAUUUUUAUUUAUGCGGAGAAAUGAAUUUGCAUAGAUUCUAAUUGAGUAGAUCCUUCUCGAUCUUCGGAAUCGAAUUGAGCUGUUUUUUAUUUUUGGUGACGAUUCGAUUGGGGAAAAUGGCGCAGAGUCAAACGCAGGCUCCGAAUAUGGAUCAAUUCGAGGUAUAUUUUAAGAGAGCAGAUUUGGAUCAAGAUGGUCGGAUCAGUGGAAGCGAGGCCGUUUCCUUCCUUCAAGCCACAAAUUUACCUCGACAAGUACUCGCUCAGAUAUGGACGAUUGCUGAUCAAAAUCGAACUGGCUUCCUUGGUCGUCAAGAAUUUUAUAAUGCUCUUAAGCUUGUUACAGUAGCUCAAAGUAAACGAGAGUUGACACCAGAUAUAGUAAAAGCUGCAUUAUAUAGUCCAGCUUCAGCAAAAAUUCCUGCUCCCAAAAUUAACCUUACACCUAGCCCAGGCACUCAAUCAAAUUUUACAGCAGGGUCUGCUGUGCCACCACAAAGUGCUACUGCUGCAGUGCCACCUCAAACUAUUGGCAUCAGGGCCUCGCAGGGACUUACAUCUCAGCAAAGUCAAGUUAUGAGGCCGCCUCGACCCCCACUUCCUAGUGCUACUUUUCAAUCUCCACAAGUUGUUGGCGGUCCACGAAUGCCUCAUCAUGGAGGUAUCGUGCCGGUUUCUAAUCCUCCAAGUUCCUCUCCACCCCUUGGUGAAAACAAUGUUGUCUCCCAGGCUGGACUUUCUUUUCAAUCAAAUAGAAGUGUGGGACCUGUAGGGCAGGAUAGUUUUGCAGUGGCUGCAUCUGGAUUACCACCUUCUACACAACCUGGAGCACAAGCAGCCUCUGUCUUGCAACCUGCUUCAUCUAAACCAAGUGAUACUUCAGUCAGUAACCUUGUGGAAGUGAAAGAUUCCAAAGCGUUUGCUGUGGCUUCUAAUGGAUAUGCACCAGACUCACUUUUUGGUGAUGUCUUUUCAGCUGCACCUAUUCAAACAAAACAAGAUUCUACCAAAGUUACAUCUGGUGUUAGCAGCUUACCUGUAUCAUCUGCAAUUGUUCCAACAUCUAUGGGAGUGCAAACUGCAGUUACAUCUAGUCCCCUUGAUUCUACCAAUGUUACAGCUGGUGUUAGUAGCUUACCUGUCUCAUCUGCCAUUGUUCCGACUUCAUUGGGAGCACAACCUCCUGUGGGUAGUCAACACCAUCAAGGACAGUUACCAGUGAAGCCAAACCAACAAUUUUUGACACAAGCAUCCCCUGCAUUGCCUUCUGGAGCUGUAAAUUCUGCAGGUUGGCCAAGGAUGACUCAGUCUGAUAUUCAAAAAUACAGCAAAGUGUUUAUGCAAGUGGACACUGACCGAGAUGGAAAAAUCACUGGUGAACAGGCUCGCAACCUUUUCCUCAGUUGGGGGCUGCGAAGAGAGGUGUUAAAGCAAGUAUGGGACUUGUCUGAUCAAGACAAUGACAGUAUGCUUUCCUUAAGAGAAUUCUGCGUUGCUCUCUAUUUCAUGGAACGGCAUAGGGAGGGUCGGCCCCUUCCUACUGUGCUUCCAAGUGGUAUCAUGUUUGACGAGACAAUGUUACCUGUCAUGAACCAACCUGUUGCACCUCAAGGAAAUACAGUUUGGAGAGCUACUUCAGCUUUUCAGCAACCACAUUCUACGAAGCCGCCUCCUGGGAAGCCGCCUCGUCCUGUUCCUGUUCCUCAACCUGACGAUUCCAUGCACCCAAGUCGGCAAAAACCUAAAGUUCCUGUUCUGGAGAAGCAUCUUUUGGAUCAACUUAGCACAGAGGAACAGAAUGCACUGAAUGCAAAGUUUCAGGAAGCGUCUGAUGCAGAAAAGAAGGUAGCAGAAUUGGAGAAGGAGAUACUAGAUGCUAGAGAGAAAAUUCAGUUCUAUCAUGCAAAGAUGCAAGAACUUAUCCUGUACAAAAGUCGAUGUGACAAUCGACUGAAUGAGAUCACUGAAAGGGUUUCUGCUGAUAAGCGAGAGGUGGAGUUACUGGGAAAGAAAUAUGAAGAGAAGUAUAGGCAGGCGGGAGAUGUGGCAUCCAAAUUGACAAUAGAAGAGGCCACAUUUCGGGACAUUCAGGAGAAAAAGAUGGAGCUUUAUCGAGUAAUUGUCAAAAUGGAACAAGAUGGUGGCGCUGACAGUAUUCAGGAACGUGCUAAUCGUAUCCAGUUGGAUCUUGAGGAGCUAGUAAAAUCACUGAAUGAACGUUGCAAAACUUAUGGAUUACGUGCCAAACCAACCUCACUAGUUGAGCUUCCAUUUGGUUGGCAACCUGGCAUCCAAGGAGCAGCAGCUGAUUGGGAUGAAAACUGGGAUAAGUUUGAAGAUGAAGGGUUUUCAUUUGUCAAAGAGCUCACCCUGGAUGUGCAAAAUGUCGUAGCCCCACCUAAACCCAAGUCUUCAUUGAGAGAGAAAGAAACAUCAGUCAAUGUAAAUGGGGUUGAUAAAUCAUCUGCUGAUGCUGAUGGUAAGGCAGAGAAGGCACGGAACACUAGCAAUCAGAGACCUGAGGAUGAUGGAGCGAAUGCCCAGGGUGAAGAGCACAGUGUGAGUAGUCCACCUGAGAGUCCAGCAAGAACUAAUGCACUUGAGAGCGAAUCUAAGGAGUUUGAAGAUUCUUAUUCUAAAAGGGAUAUCAGUUAUGAUGGUUCACCCCAUGCUACCCAGAGUGAACAUGGGGGUACUGAAUCUGUGUUCAUGCCGGACAAAGGUUUUGAUGAACCAGGCUGGGGUACGUUUGACACAUCAUAUGAUACUGAUGCUGCAUCAGAGUUCACUCAUGUAACUAAGGAUGUACACUCUGAGAGGCAAAGUGAUAAUUUAUUUGGUUCUGAUGACUGGGGCUUAAACCCAAUAAGAACUAGUACAGCUCGUGCGGAUAAUAUGUACCCGAAGCAAAGCCCUUUUUUCGAUUCUGUACCGAGCACCCCAAGUUACAAUGUGGGUGGCUCCCCUCUUGCAGACAGCAUGUUCCAAAAGAAAAGUCCAUUUGGCUUUGCUGACUCCGUUCCAAGCACACCAAUGUACAGUUCAGGCAAUUCUCCACAAAAAUUUGGUGAUGGGCCAGAAGAACGCUCUUUUAACAGUAGCUUCUCAAGAUUUGAUUCAUUCAAUAUGCAAGAUGGUGGACUGUUCACACCACGCGAACCACUACCCUUUUCAAGAUUUGAUUCUAUGCGCAGCACCAGAGACUCUGAAUAUGAUCAUGGCCUUUCCGCUUCACGUGAUUCCCUAGCAAGAUUUGACUCCUUCCGCAGCAUGGCAGAUUCUGAUUACAACUUUGGCCCCUUCCCACCUGGUGAGUCGGUUGCUAGGUUUGAUUCCAUGCGCAGCACCAGAGGCUCUGAUUUUGGUCAGGGAUUUUCAUCUUUUGAUGAUGCUGAUCCUUUUGGGUCAAAUGAUCCUUUUAAGACUUCAUUGGAAAGUCAAACACCGAGGAGAGACUCUGAUGGUUGGAAUGAUCAUUUUAAGACAUCAUUUGAAAGUCAAACUCCGAGGAGAGAUUCUGACGGUUGGAAUGAUCCAUUUAAGACAUCGUUUGAUAGUCAAACACCGAGAAGAGAUUCUGAUAGCUGGAACGAUCCAUUCAAGACAUCAUUUGAUAGUCAAACCCCGAGGAGAGAUUCUGAUAGGUGGAACGAUGCAUUCAAGACAUCAUUUGAAGGCCAAACACCAAGGAGAGAUUCUGAUAGUUGGAAAGCUUUUUAGUACGGUGUUUUCGUAUUUUAUUUGAUGAGCUUUGUGUUUUCAGUAACUGUUAGCUUUUUCUCAAGGUGUUUGCCGGUGGAGGUUUUGGCAAGAUGCUUGUUUCGUUUGGUCCUGCUAGUCUAAGAGAAUCGAGUUGAACUCGAGAGAAGCCCUGGCCCUCUGUAAUUUUACCAAUUUGGUUCUUUUAUUGUUAAUUUUUUCUUAUCAAUUUUCCAAAUUGACGAAAACUUUAGUGGUGCUUAGGCAUAUUCAUUCCUUGGCUGUGUAAAAUGUGUACGAGCAUUAUGCUAUAUUUUUUAUUAUGUUGGUAUAGAUCAAUAUUUGCUUGAACUA